CUCCUGUCUCCGGCAACCGUGUUAAUGGCACCCAAUUCCCAUCAUGUCUACCCGUCAGUCGGAAACUUGACGCCCACUUGCCCCUUUGGGACACAUCUCAACCCCGUAGACCAGCGCGAAAGGGCCCGGGCCCGAGUGGUGGCGCCUCGGCCUUGAAAGUUUGACACGAGCCAGAAGUCAAAUGAUGGAUGGAACUAGCAGAGACUGACAGAAUGGACGAGCACAAGGCCUGAAUAAGAAGUGCAUGGGUUCCACCUCGCUCGCUACCCCGGCCGCUGCCUAUCUAGUAUCCCAGGACCCUUUUUCUCGGUUAUUCACAACCGGACUAGCAAGACAAGCGCAUCUGUGAUACGCUUGACAAGUGCCUCACGACCUCUCGGCUCACCUACCGAAUUGGAAAUGUUUUAGACAGUGAAUCGACGUACCGAACAAAGGAGAAGUUCUACUAGCCGCUUCAUCAAUAACAUCACCGGCGUGGAGGGUGAAGCAAGUGAUGGACAUGGUAAGCCGCAACGUCGCCAAGCGCGAUGAGGAGGAAGAGGAGGAGAUUCGAGAUGUUCGCCGGCAAAUGCAAGAUGCCGAAGCAGCCAACGCUCAAGCUGUCGCCGCAGGAGCUGCCAAGCAAGCGAGUGCGCCCAACGCCAACGCGCUACCUCUCGAUCCGAACCAGCUCCUCUCAGUCCUAGGUCUCCUCAGCGGCCAACCUCAAGCUACGCCGGCGGCACCUGGACAGCCCGUGGCCACGGGACUGCCUCCGAACAACAAUGCCAAUAUACCGACAGUCACCAUCUUUGUGACGGUGACGCCUCCGGCUGCGACACAGACCGUGAUGAUCAUGGUCCCGACAACAGUCACGGUGACUGCGACACCAGUAGCGCCGCCCCCAGUCAACCAGCCUCCUCCUCCACCACCAGCUCCGCCAGUUCAGACCUCACCACCGCCGCCAGCACCGCCGAUGAGCACGCCGCCGCCUCCUCCUCCGCCGGUCGUUGCGCCCCCGCCACCUCCACCACCUCCACCAGCCAGCGGGCUCACCAUGCCCCUUGUCGGAGCUAGCCCGUUCCCGAUGCCACCUCCUGCCGCGUCUGUGUCUGCCCCCAUGUCUUCAGCGUCUUCAACAGGAACUCCCAAGGGGGCCGGCGGUACUCCCACAGCUGUGGUGUUGUUGGGUGUAUUUGGCGGUGUUGGUAAGUCAAUCUUGCUAGUGACUCGACUGGCGAGGUAUCCACUAACAGAGAGCCUAGCUGGUGUGUCACUCCUGGCAAUGGGAGCAUUUGUGUAUGGUUUGAUGAGAAGAAGAAAGAACAAGUCUGAAGCAGAGACUGCAAGCGUUCAGAGCAUGCAGAUUGGAAGGCCAAUGCCCUCUUGAGAGUUCUUCAACAGAACCAGCGAGGCAUGGCGACGUAGACUUUUCCCAGAUUAUCGGCGGUGUCAUCAAGGCGACUUCAUGGUCUAGAGUUGAUAGCAAAAUCCGGACAUAUCCCACCACCUCAAAGGGCAAAUAUUUUCGGUUACCUCGAGCGAGAGAAAAGGCACUUGUCUGCCAGAUUUCCGCUUCUCCCAUCUUAGUUACCUACUUCAUGUAAGAUCAGAA